AUGGGAAACGAAACUAAGAAAGAGAAAGGAAAACUGAAGGAGAAAGAGAGGCCACAAGCCGCAGAAAAACCUAUGACAUUAAAAGCAAGAAACAAAUCAAACAGAUUAACAUUCCAGACACUAUACCCACAGUUUAUGUCAACCUGGUCUAGUCUUAAGUUAAAUGAGAAACAAAGACAGUCUACCCAAGUCACAGUGAAGAAAGAAGAACAUAGACACUAUUUAAGCACAAGGAAAGUUUCGAGGCUCAAUAAACCAACGACCAUCCAGAUAAAUUUAAUGCACAACGCCUUCAUAGAAGUGGAAACGAUGAGACCCUACGUACCGAUAAGAAACAGGACGUCUAAAAGAAUAUCCCAUAGUCGUUUAAACGAAUUAAGACAUAAAAUAACAAGAUCUAGGCUAUCUACAAUGAAGCAGUUCGUUCCAAACAAGCAAAUUAGAACUUUAUUAGCGCCUGUAUCAACAGCACAUAAGUUGGUAUCACACCUGAACAUAAAACAAUCGCCAUCUCCUGACUUGCUUAAAGACCAGAUUAAACGUAAGAGGAUCUUAACAGUGCUUCCCACCAGUUAUCCGUUACAGAAACUGAAUUCAGUUCAACCCAAAAGAUCUCAAAGAAGAAACAAUAAUAGUACUCUUUUAACCAAUGGGAAGCAAGUAUUAACUAGACUUGAACAGUUAGAAAGUGAUUUAAAAAAAAUUAAAAGAGUAGUGAAGAACGACACUGAAGUAAUUAAUCAUUUUAAAAGCGAAGUUCUAGAAAAAGAGAAGAAACUACCUGAUUCAAUUAUUAGGAAGAAAAACUCUUCUUCAACAGUGAUACCAUCAGUUGAAAACGCUCAGAGUGAAAAGAAAGGCAUAAAAAGCGUUGAUAAUAUAAAAGCUAGAAUUAAUCCUGAUGAUGAUCUAAGUGAAGUUAGAAGAAAUAAAAAUAAAGAUGCUAAAGUCAAUAAAAAUAUGGAUAAAAUAACGAAAAAUGAUAAAAUUGAAAAGAAGCAAGAUUUAAAUAAAGGUGGACCAAAUCAAGCUGUAAAUUAUAGACGAAAAUACAAGGAUUUCGGUAAUAUUAACAACAAAGAUGAGGAAAAAGAUUACAAUUUUUCUGUAGAUGAAUUCAGCUGGAUUCAUAAUAAGAAAUCUAAUAUUAUGAUGAAUAAACGCUUAAUAGAAGACAAGAAAGGCUUUGGUAAUAUCAAGAGAAAAGAUAUCAGAAAUAUUGAUCACAUCACCAAAGACCCUUUAGCUUACGAUAGUUUAGAUGUGCGAUUAGAGCAUGACAGUAAUAUUCAAGAAUUCAUUAAAUUGAAAAACGAAAAUGCGAUACCAACUUAUAAACCUUAUGUAAAGGAAAAAUCUAAUAUAGAGUCUAGAAGGGCUAACAAAGAAGCAGAAACUAAUUUUCCUUUGUAUGAUGAUACCAGCAGACGCGAUAGUCUUCUGUUUGCGCCACCACCAGGAUUUAAGGAAACUAAUUUAGAGUCAACUAAAAAUAACAACAAUGAUCAAGAAGCAUAUGAUGACGUUUUGAAAAAGAUUAUAAACGCACCUUCUGUUGAUGUUACACCGAAAAAAGAUAGAAAUACUUUUGAGAUAGAUGACACAGAAGCUUUAGGUAGAAAAAUGUUGGAGCGUUUAGACUUACCUGGACUAAAGAUAGGUAUUGAAGACACAAUUCCAAACAAUGACUUCUACAAAUUUGAUCACGUUAAAUAUGUCGAUAGUGUUAUGGGAAGAACGGUACUUCCUUUGUAUGAGAGACGCAAUAUUGUAAAGAAAUCGUUAGACAAGCGAUUAAAUGAAUUGUAUAAAAAGCAUAAUUUAAAGCCGAAAUCAUUUACUAAAGACGAUUUGGACGAUGUACUAAAAUCUAUGGGAGCCACUAUACAUAAGUAA